GGACCGCUCUAAUUCGGACACGCGACGACCGUGAAUUAUAUAGGAUAGAAUUCUCCAACAAAAUCACAGUUUAAUUUAAUUUAAAAAAAAAUCGUAAUAAUAAUACUAAUCAACAAUGUGCUCUGUGUUGUGGUGUUUAUUUGUGAGCCUGAUCCUUGGCUGCGUUCAGGCCGCCUUGGAUUUUAACAAUGAUCUCGAUAAUAGCCAAAAGUUCAAGAGCAUACCGACCACAGUGAAAACCUAUGAAAAUGACACGGUCCAGCUGCCAUGCACCUUAAAUACACCCUUUCGAUACGUUCGCUGGCAUCGGGACGAUGUUGCUCUGGUGGACUCCAGACACCCGGAGAUCCCAAAGCUGGAUCGGAUAAUGCUUUGGCCCAAUGGAAGCUUGCAGGUGUCAAAUGUGCAAUCCAGUGACACGGGUGACUAUUACUGUGAGAUGAACUCGGAUUCUGGGCAUGUGGUGCAGCAGCAUGCCAUUGAGGUGCAACUGGCUCCACGAGUAUUAAUAGAACCCUCAGAGCUGACGGAGCAACGGAUUGGAGCCACCAUGGAGGUGGUGUGCGAGGCCCAAGGAGUUCCCCAGCCGGUGAUUACCUGGCGGUUGAAUGGCAAUGAUCUGCAUCCUCAGAGCAGCUCAGGCAACCGGCAGAGUCUGGUGCUGGAGAUCAAGUCAAGGAAUCAGGCGGGUUUGAUCGAGUGCCUGGCCAACAAUGGAGUGGGUGAGGUGGCGGUGGCCAGUGUAUAUCUACACGUGUUGUUUGCUCCCGAGGUGAGUCAACCCCAGCCGGUGGUGUACACCAAAUUGGGUGCUCGUGCCCAUCUCGAGUGCAUCGUGGAAGCAGCUCCGGCGGCUACGGUCAAGUGGUUCCAUCAUGGACUGCCUGUGACCCUGGGAGCCCACUCCACGAGUCACGAGUCGGAACUGCAGGGAAAUCGCUCGUUGGAUCACUAUGUGAAUGCCGUGCGACAUUUGUUGGUGGUGAAGAGUGUUCGAAAUGCGGAUAUGGGUCAGUACGAGUGCCGGGCCACCAAUCAAAUUGCGGCAAAGAGUGUCAAUGUCGAGCUGACCGGCCGCCCAAUGCCCUGCCUCUUCAAGAUCAAUCCCGGCAUCCAGAGCUCCACCUCGCAUGUGCUCGUCUGGCAAACGGAGAGCCUGCUGCCCAUCAUGGAGUUUAAGCUCAAGUUCCGACAGAUUCCCUCCAACAAUGCCACCCGGCAGAUACGGACCAACUGGACGGAGCUCACAAUUCCAGCUCAGGCCACCAAUGGCCUAAUCUAUAUUACCACAUAUACCCUACAUGGCCUGCAGCCUGCCAGUCUCUAUGAAGUUUCCGUUUUGGCCAGAAAUAGUUUUGGUUGGAGUGACAAUAGCAAGAUUGUUCGAUUUGCCACAGGCGGAGAGGUUGAAUUACCAAAUUACUCAACGGAAUCAGAGCUGCAGGAAGACCUUGCCGAUGAGGAUUUUCACAAUGAAAUUACCCAGAGAUCGGAGAUACUAUCAGCCAGCAUGAUGUACAACUCGGGUUCCAUAGGUGGCAAUGGAAUCUGUGCCUUAAUAUAUUUCACAUGUCUUGUAAAACUUGUAUUACUCCUAAGUUAGGCUAACUAUCCAAUUUAAAUGUACUGAAACCGAUUCCAAACUAUACCAAAUAAACAA